UUUUAAUACACCUUUUAAUACAUACCUAUACCUAACUCACUUCCCGCCCUGAAUAACCUCCCGCUUCCUGCCCCAAUCCCCUGCGAAUCAUUCCUCCCACACUGCCAUGGUAUUCGUCAAAUGUUUACCUCAUGUCCAGUCCGUCUCGUAAGCUCGAAAAUGCCGCAACUGCCGCACCGGUGAGCUCUCAAGGUGUGGCAACUGGUAGUUGGAGUUCCAGUUCCAGUCCCAGUCUCAGUGCAGUCGCUGCCACUUGGACAGCGACUGACAGCCCAUCCUUCUCUUCCCCGACUGUGACUGGUUCGUCUUCUAUAUCUGACAAUGCACCACUAGCUGCAAGUCUCUUGUCUGCGGUAUCGCCUGCGGUAUCGCCUGCUGUAUCACUCACCCCUGGUCCCCAUCUGCCAUUCACAUUCACCCCUUCACCAUCCCUCGCUGCUGGCCAUGUCGACCAAAAUAAUAAUAAGAAAUCUCGGCCACCCACCGCACCCCAGAGAUCUAAUGGCCCAUCUUUACUCUCUCAGGCUCUCGCUUCUGCUCGUGGAAUCCCACCCACCUCCGUAUCCAACUCCGCAUCUCAGGCAGAUGAACGAUAUCCCGAGCAGAAGCCUGUGCAGCUCAAUGGACCGAGCCAGCCUGUCCAAUCCAAAAAUGUACCCGAAGCGCGCACUAGACACGCGGUGAUUGACCCGCAGAAUGACUUUCUUCAGUCGACUGAACACGGCUCUUUAACGUCAACUGGCCAGCUACGACCAUCUGAGGCGACGAGAACGAUAUCGGCUCCAUUCUUAACUUCGACGACAUAUCCAACCCCAGACAGUACAACAUCUUUGCCCAUCGCAAUGCCUGGUGCCGUAGGCGUAAGCACGGCGCUGGCAGAUGGCCGGGACUUUGACUUCGGAAUGGGGGGCAGAGGGCGAUCACUGGAACGCACGGAGCAAGAGAUUCGUUUGCGUCUGCUAGACUAUCCUAAAACACAGUCUGAUAAUGUUGGAGAUACAAUGCUUCCACACCCAGCUAGCGUUUCUGACAUUGCGCCGUCUACUGAUGAUCAAUCCGAACCUGUUUCCGAUUCCCGGGCCCAAUAUCGAGCGUGGAGAGUCGAGCGUACCGUCUCAAUGGGCCCAGAGAAGGCUUGGUCCAUCGGCACAAACGACAUAAUUGGACACCAGGACGGGCAGGUCGAGAAGUCUAUCACAGAGGUUUUAGCUGGUGUUGAGCCUACUCGUAGUCGAAAAGCAAGUCACAGUCUGCGCUUUUUUAAGGAAGGCCUCCCAGAAGAAAAAGGCAGACGGAGGGAGUCAAAAUCCGUGGGUCACCAACGAGAAAAGGCUUUACUUGCCAAGGGUCUACAACCGGACAUCCGCGAAGAAAAGUAUGACGAGAACAAUGUUUUCGAGACGCCAACUUCAUCGCCCCAGCCUAUUGAAGGUGAACAGUCUCCGCCUCGCGUGUUGCACGUGCAGUCACCUACGUGGGGUGCUCCAACCUCCGAAUCAGUUUCUAGCGAAGCUACCGAACUCGAUUAUUUUGGCCUGCAAACCCCUCAGAAGCUUGCCACAGAACCUUUCAAAAAAUCGUCUUCCCAAGAAAAAUUUGCUUCAAGGACGGGUGUUUAUGGUGCACCUAACGGCUCCACUGCUGUAUCUGGUGAGGACGCUGCGCAGGUUAGCAGAAAGUCAAGUGACAUAGCGGAAAUCGGGGGAGCUGUUGAAGAAGGCGACGAGUCAUCCGAAGAAAAGAUAUCAUCUGCUGUAUUUUUACCGCAUCAGGGCUUGAAUCAAUCCCCAGAAAAUGGCAACGCUCUUCCUGAAGAUUUGAAAGUUACACCACCUGCUUCUCGCAAACCCCAUAGUGAGGGUUUUCAUCCUUGGCUGGUGAAAGCGGACGAGCCUGAAGCUGAGGAUGAGGCAAAGCCUGAUGGACUGGAUGGUGGUAAUGUUAACCGUAAUCGUGAAGCAGCCUCACAUAUUGAAGAGUUCCCACGAAUAGAUGAUGAAUGUGCUAUCGAGGAUGAAGCCGAGCUUCCCCCAAAAUCUGGUGGGUUAUCUGUUGAAUCGUCUCGGCCAGUUUCUCAGUAUUAUGAAGACAUGGCCCAUGAACACCAGCCUGCACCAGAGUUACCGUUGGAGGCAAUUGAACUCAUACCUUAUAAGCAUCAAGUUGGUGGCCACACAACUAUUUGGAGAUUUUCGAAGAGAGCUGUUUGCAAGCAAUUAAACAACCGAGAAAAUGAGUUCUAUGAAAAAAUCGAAAGAUACCACCGUGACCUCCUACCUUUCUUACCUAGGUACAUUGGUGUUCUGAAUGUGACGUUCCAGAAGCAGCCGCGCCGAAAGUCAACGAUUAAAAAAGAGGACAGUCAUAUUUUAGAAAGGAAGAUAGGUGAUCAGGAUAGUCAACCGAAUGGUAACAACGAGCCAGCAAGCCUAAGUACCCGGAAGGGACUAGAUGCCCCGGAGAGAGAGGAGCAGCGAUAUCACCGCAGGAUAGUCAGCCAAUCCCUUCAAUCAUCGCAGACACCGAUCCCUACAGUUACUUUUGUCGACAACCGGCAUAUUCUUCCCCGAAGUUUGCUACGGCCUGCAGUAACGUCUAGCGACUAUAUCCGUCCGGCAAGUGCAUCUGCAGCCUUGGGGCAGCAGUAUUUUCGUGAUCUCCACAGUCAGAUGUCGGACCACGAUGCGGUAUCAGCUGCUCGGCCAAGCCUUGAAGAUCGGCAUACUAAUAGUUGGGGUGCCACAACUGUUAACAAGAGAUUACGAAAUGAAGUUUUUAAUGACGCCUUCUUGAAGCAGCCUAUUGCGGUGCACAAGCAUCGAAGGCCGGCAUCUCAUCAACGAUCGAUACCUCGUCUCUCAGUACAACGACUGGACCGACCGACAAGCUCUGGGAACCCUUUGCCCUGUCGAGAAGACUUUUAUGAUGAUUCUCGGCGUAGUGACAACUUGAACUCUACAAACCCUCCGAUACUAAAUAUACACAGCCAUAGUGAUUUAGGCGCAGAGCCAGGUUGUUUAAGAGCGGAGAGUAUGGACCAUUUGAAGGACGUUACCGGGACUAGCGCACCUGAGCUCGAGACUUUGUCAGAUAAGUUUGAGCAGCAAAGGCGGAAGCGGCGUAAUUCGGGAAGUAAGCUUCGGCGAAGGCCUGAAGAUGUCAUGGAGUCGCGUGGUAGCCUUAAAUAUUUCGAGGACCUAGACGAGGUUGAAUAUAUAAGAGAUAAUGAGACUCAUCCGGGUUUGCGCACACUUCCCCACCCAAGAAAUGAACUCAAACAGGGGGCCGAACUGGUUGAAAAUGGGACUGCGGAUAGCUCCACAUUCCCAUCCAACCUCUCAUCAGAGUUUCCUUCCGAACUUCCUAGCCCGACGAUGGAGCUUAAGAGAAUCCCGCGGCCUGUCAACCCCAAAGAAGCCCAGACGCAGCACGACUCGCGAGUCGAAUAUUUUCUCCUUUUGGAGGACCUCACGGCCGGUAUGAAACGACCUUGCAUCAUGGAUUUGAAGAUGGGUACUCGGCAGUACGGCGUGGAGGCUAACCCAAAGAAACGGGAUUCGCAACGGCGCAAAUGUGCAGCAACUACGUCAAGGGAGUUAGGUGUGAGAGUUUGCGGAUUGCAGGCUUGGGACGCCAAGUCUCAGACUUAUGCGUUCAAAGACAAAUAUUACGGACGAGACCUCAAAGCUGGGACAGAAUUUCAAGAUGCUCUUACCAUGUUCCUUUAUGACGGCGUGGAUUAUAGUAGCGUCUUGAGACACAUUCCAACUAUCCUACAAAAAUUAAACCAACUUGAAAUGACUAUUCGUAGGCUGCGCGGCUAUCGGUUCUAUGCGGCUAGCCUACUCAUGUUUUACGACGCAGACACAUCCAACGAUGGGUACGACACGGCGGCGGACGACUCCACUACUGACUUCCCAACAGACGCGGAGGACGCUUGGGACCCUAGAAAACGGCAGAAGAACAAGAAAGAGAUCGAUUUCAAGAUGGCGGACUUCGCCAAUAGCGUCACAGCAGGGGACUUGGCCGAAAAUAAACCAUGUCCGCCAAGGCACCCGAAUGAGCCGGAUCGCGGGUUUCUUCGCGGGUUGGCGACGCUAAAGAAGUAUUUUCUUAAGAUACAGAAGGAUGUGCGCAGCGAAUUGGGGCUAGGAAUUUCUCGUAGACAUGAUGAAGAUGGGAACCAAGAUGAGAAGGACGAGUACGAAGAGGGCUCUGUGAGUGAGUGAGUGAGUGUAAAGGGAAGGGAGGGGAAGGGAGACAAAUGUUGCACAUUAAGGACUACCUAUUCUACGUGGUAGUCUACUGGAGAUUGGAACAAGCAUACGGCACUACCUUCGAUUCUCUGUUUAUAAUUUCUGGACGGUUGCAAAAAAUCAGAAGGGCGCAUCGGUAUGUCAGGUCUUUUGGUUGGGCGAGGUGUACACCUGGUCGUCAUGGUUUUCUUUUUCUCUCUUUUUCCUUUCACUACCAAUACCCGCAUUUUUGGGGCGUCUCGAGAUUGUUCGGCGCUACGGGGAUGGGCACGAAGGGAUCUUUUCUCUUUUCUUUUCUUCUUUUUCUUCAACAGUCAGGAGAGGGGAAAAGAAAGAAUAUGGUGAAGGGGUGAGGGGAUGAUUAUGAAGCAAUAGCUGAAGGGAGAAGAGAAGAGAAGAGAAGAUGUGUAGCAGUCUGGGAGGAAUUGAUAUUAGAAUGAGAUGAAGCUAGCUAUGCUAUAAUGACUUGAUAUGUUUUUAUUUUCUUAUUCUUAUUUUUUUUUUUUUUUUCGUUGUCUUUACAACUAUCAAGUAGUAUGUAGUAGUAUACCUAGUAGUAAUAUGUGAUUUGAAGAUGAAG